ACAUAAACAUUGUUAUCCAGAAAGAACAAAGACAACAAACAACCCAAGGCGUUCUCAUCUAAUGGCAACCUCUUUCUCUCCAACACCAACACUCCGUUCCAUUUUCCAAAACCCUCCCAAACCCUUUCUUCUCAACCGCUACUCCUUCACCUCUGCUUCAAGCUAUGUCACUCUAAACCUCCCUCGUCGCUUCACACUCUCCGGUACUCUCACUGGCAGACCCCUCCUCUCCAAAGGGUUCUUCACAUUGCAUAAGAGAAAGGGAAUUGUGAGAGCCGCUACUAUUGAAGAAAUUGAAGCUGAAAAAGCAUCUAUUGAGAAUGAUGUUAAAAACAGGAUGGAAAGGACUCUUGAAAAUGUUCGGACUAAUUUCAGUUCCAUAAGAACAGGGAGAGCAAACCCGUCUAUGCUUGACAAAAUUGAGGUGGAAUACUAUGGAUCUCCUGUUAGCUUGAAGAGCAUUGCUCAAAUAAGCACUCCUGAUGCCAGUUCACUCUUGAUACAGCCAUAUGACAAAUCAAGCUUGAAGGCUAUAGAGAAAGCCAUAGUUGCCUCUAAUCUUGGUAUGACUCCAAAUAAUGAUGGAGAUUUGAUACGGUUGAAUAUCCCUCAGUUGACAUCUGAUAGAAGGAAGGAACUUACAAAGAUAGUUUCUAAACAAGUUGAAGAAGGGAAGGUGGCUUUAAGGAACAUAAGAAGAGAUGCUUUGAAAGCUUAUGAAAAACUUGAAAAGGAAAAAAAGCUCUCAGAAGAUAAUGUGAAAGAUUUGUCAAGCGACUUGCAGAAGCUGACAGAUGAUUAUAUAAAGAAGGUUGAUGCCAUCUACAAACAGAAAGAAAAGGAGUUGCUGACAGUUUGAUCCGUUGAUACAUAAAUGUAUUCGUAUUUGAGUUUUAUCUAGAGGAGCUCAAAUUUUGUGUGUACUUUGUCUAAUUUAUCUUAUAUACGGAAGACAACUUGCUUUUUCUGUUAAAUAGAUGCUUUUUCAAAUUGAAAAGGUGAGUCCAUGUAAAUUUGGAUUUAUUAAUUUUAUUUACAAUUGCUAUCAUUGACAUUAGAC